AUGGCAGCCCUCAAUCCACCUCAAAGGCCCUUCCGCCUUGUCACCGUGAAUACCGCUCCAGAGAGAGCCAAGCGCCUAGUUGGCAGAGUGGUCGAGGCGUUGAAGGACAGAUAUACCAUAUUUCAUGCGGCCAACUGCGAAACAAUUGAAAGUGUCGAACAGACUGUUCAGGAUAUUCAGCCGGACAUCCUCUUCUGCGCAUCCAUGUGGUCAUCCGAACAAGCAGCCGAGAUUCAGACCAUUGCUCGUGGAGUGAAGCCAAACAUUGCCACAUAUGCAAUCCCGCAGGGUCUACAAGUCGAACAAGGGCCGGAUGCGGUGGUUGAACAUUUGACAUGCAUGGUCCCGCAAGUUUUGCAGACUCACUUUGGCCAAUCGAGCAGCUCUGGAUCCAGAUGA